AUGCCAGUGCAGCUGACCGGACAGAAAAAGGACGCAGAGGUGCAGCCCAACUUCCAAGUGCCACUCGCCUCAGCGCCCACCGUUCGAGCCUUGGCGAUGGCUUCGUCGACUUCGGCGUCGUCGUCGUCGGCUCCCGCUGCUGCUGCUGCUGCUGCUGCUGCUGCUGCAGAAGGUGAAGACGUUUCGGCGAAUGCGAAGCGGACGAGCAUCGAGUCGAGCCGGCCGAUGGAGACUGAAGAUGUUGCGGACGAGCAUGUCGUGAAACAGCCGCAACGAGGACGUCUUCGUGGCGAGGCGUUGGCCAAGGCAAAUCGCAGAGGCCGCCAGACACUGGCCGGUUCGAACGACCGCCUCGAGACUCGGACGACAACUGAGCUCGCUGGGUCUUGCAGGCGAGGGCGAGGACGGUCGGGCUCGCCGUUGCUAUCGCCGUCGCCGUCGCCGCAGAAAGGCGACUCAAGGAGAGGAGGAAAAGGUGAGAAGAGAUGGGAUUGGCCGGAAUCGCUGCAGGCGUCCUGCAGAAAAGACGAACAAGAGAGCGGCAGAGAAAGACUCGAGCUUGCGGAUACAGAACAUACACACACACAUACACGCACACAGAGCUCACUCUAA